AUGGAGGAGUUGCGUAAACGCGGUAAUGAACUUUUCCCCACAGAUCCUCGUGCCGCCGUUGUCAUGUAUCGGGAAGCAAUUGAUUUAUACGAUACGCUAAAGGACGCAGCGGGGGUGGAUUCGGUUGCGGUGAAGGAGGAAUAUACCCGAUGCGCUGGCAAUGCACUCACUUGUUUGUUUAAGUUGGGGCAACAUGAGGAAUGUGCGGCAUUGGCUGUGAAGGUGCAGCGUGUGAACCCCUUGAUUGCGAAGGCGUAUGCUUUUAUUGGGCGUUGCAUGCUUCUGGGAAAUUUCCCUUCACUUCCAAAGCGACAAUAUGGAAUUGGUCCACUGCAGUAUUUGUGUCGUGCCGUAUAUUUGCUCCCAUCCAUGGCGGAGUCCAUGCGGCCUUUCAUUGGUGAGGCUCUUGAUAAACUCUUAGCUGAGAUUUUGCCGCCAAAACGUGAGGGUAAUGACGAUGGCGAACAAACAAUUGAGGAAGAGCCUUCCAUUGAGGUGAAAGAGGGCGAUUGUGGAAAAUCUGUUGUGGCUGUCACGCGUCUGCCAGCCCAUCUUGCGGUGAGUUCGACUUUACACCCUUUCAGUGUCUGUUCAUUUGACGAGUCAUGUGGUGUUGGUGUGUGUUAUAACUGUGGAAUUGUUUAUCCCUUAUCUGAGAGUGAUGAACCGAAGGGUACAACCCAAAAGGAUAAAUAUGCGUGUGGCCACUGCAAACUUGUGGGGUAUUGCUCUGCGGAGUGUGCGGCUAAGCAUCGAAUUCAGCACGACAAGUACGAGUGCCGACUGUUGCAACGGUUGAAGAACAUGCGGGAUUCCCUGCAAGCAUCUCAUGAGGAGCGGGAGCGGGAGGGACAAGUCGUUUCCAUCACGGACAGCGUUGACGAGUUUUUUACGACGGCUGUGCAUUGCAUCACCACAUUGUCGGGCGUUAGGGUUCACCGUCCCGGUUACAACGCUGUGGAGCACCAGUUGGAGGGCCAUCCUGUUGAAGUAGCGCAAAGUCUUGGAAAUUUGGUGCGCAUUGUGCAUGAGCUGUUGGACGGUGAAAAGGAACAUGGUGAAGUGGCGAGGCUUAUUGGCGUUAUUCGUUGCAACGCAAUUGAGAUUUGUGAUGAUUCAGGUCUAGGCGUUGGGCAGGCACUUCACGCGGCAAGUAUUACGUCUUACUUCAAUCAUUCCUGUGCACCAAAUUGUGCUAUUCAGAGCGACGCAAUUGUGACAACGCGUGUCGUUGAAGCUGGUGAAGAGCUCACCAUUGCGUACAUUCCGCAAUUGUACUGGCCGACGGAGUUAAGGCGUGGGGAGCUCGCGGAAAAAUAUUUCUUCCAUUGCCGCUGCGUUCGCUGUUGUUGUUGCUGCGGUGGUGGCAGUGAUGAUCCAUAUGAAGCUGCCCUUACGGCAAUGUUACGCUCUGGAAGUAACAAAGGUGGUAUUGACGGCAAGAAGGAUAGCGGUGAUAGUGUCUGUGAUACACACAGUAAACUAAUCGGGGAUGUUCAGCUGCUUUGCGGUCGUGUUCGUUCGAAAGAUGCGUGUGAUAUCAGCAGGUCAGACAAGGAUGCGUUACAACGUUUACUGCAGAAGUGUUGUGCUGAACUGUAUCCUUUCCAUUACCUUUGUCACGAGUUGCGUAAUGCACUAACCUUCGUGUACACUGUUCUCGGUGAUACGCGAUGUUGUCUGCAGAGUUGCCUCGAUGAGUUCCUGCUGUGGGAGUCCAUCGUGCCUGGAGCUCAUCCAGUGAAGCGUCUUAAAUUAUUGAAUGCUUUACAGUGCUGCGAGGAUCUGAAAGAUACCGGAGAUAACGGUGGUUGUAACGCUAAUGUGAGUGCCGGUUGUGGCGGCCUCACUUUACUGCCGCAUCUACAGAAAUUGGCGCAGGUUUAUUACCUUUAG